AACAUGCAUAUCCGGUUUUGUUGAAAGAAAAAAACAACCGGCUCAUCCCGUCCUAAAUUUGUCGGAACAUGUUCGAUGUGGGAUCUAUUUAAACUCCACGAAACAGCAUGGCUGAGCGAAGCGGAUCAUAUUUGGGAAUGAGACGCCGGCUUCAUAGAAUUACCUUUACGUUGCUUCUGCAGCUCGUGUUACUGCUUCCCGAUGUGUGCACCUACAAUGGCCAGAUUGAUCCUCUAUUGUAUGAAGAGCUACUGCUGUGGGUGAGUGGAGCUGCAGGGGAGGUGAGCACUUACCGGGUUCCCCUGCUCACCUUUACCCCUAAAGGAAACCUGCUCGCCUUUGCUGAGGCCAGGAAGAGCUCUGCUUGUGACACUGGAGCAAAGUUCAUCGCAAUGCGACGAUCUAUAGACAAAGGAGCGACCUGGUCCCCCACUUCCUUUAUUAUAGAUGACGGAUCAAAAGCGGAUGGCCUGAACCUUGGCUCGGUGGUAGUGGAUGAGGAGACGGGCUCAGUCAUACUGGUCUACUCCAUGUGUUUCCACCUCUACCAGUGCUCUACAUCAAGUACCAUGAUGGUGGAAAGCAAGGAUGAUGGCCUCAGCUGGAGCACCCCUAAGAACCUCUCUGUCCAGCUUGGAGUAAAGAGCUUUGCCCCUGGGCCAGGCUUUGGCAUCCAGAAGCGCUACAACCCGGCAAAGGGGAGGCUGGUGGUGUGUGGGCAUGGAACAUUGGAGGGGAAUGGAGUUUUCUGCAUCCUGAGUGAUGACCAUGGAAAAAACUGGUACAAUGGUGCAGCACUGAAAAGUAUCCCUUACAACCAGAAGAAGAAACCACAAGACUUCAACCCUGAUGAGUGUCAGCCUGUUGAGAUGAUGGAUGGCAGUAUUCUCAUCAACGUGCGGAACCAGAACAACUACCAUUGCCAGUGUCGCAUGGUGGUCCGCAGCCUUGACGGGGGAGAGUCCCUGCCCAUGGAAGAGCUCUUCUUUGACUACACGUUGGUGGACCCUGCAGUAGCAGCUGCUACUUUGCAGAAAGAGGGAGUGCUCUACUUCGUCAAUCCAGCAAAUGCUCAACACAGAAUCAACUUGACUCUACGUUGGUCUCUGACUAAUGGCACAUCUUGGGAGAACAAUGCUGUCCAGCUAUGGGCAGGGCCAAGCGGCUAUUCCUGCAUGACAUCAUUGGAUAGCGAUUUCGCCGAAGAUAGAAAAUACAUCUUUGUCGUCUAUGAGAAGGGCCAUAAGGACUAUGAUGAGACUAUCUCAUUUGCAAAGAUCCAUCUUUAUGGUGGUCGGUAGAGUAUGACGGCAGAGUAAAGGAGAAAAAGGCGUAAUCAUUGACUUUACUGGAGUCAGACGUGUGAUACAAUGCCUGGAUAGUAAUUUCAGACAUGUAAAUAAGAAUAUCAUUGACCAGAUUAAGGAAAAUCAUUGAUUAGCUCACAAUCUGUCACACUGUCUCACUCCGGUAAUGUCUUUACCUUGUGUUUUCUUCCCAGGAGAAAACACAUAUGACAGCACUAUCAGAUGUAGAAAAUGAUGAAGCUCACAACUGCAAAUGACACAAGCUUCUGAUUCAAGGAGAUUUUUUUAUUUUUUUUAUUUUGUUGAGAUCUUGACUUGCACAAUGUUAAUACAGCCUGUUUCACAUAAACGGAAAAGAAAGUCUUUGUGUUAGUGUCCCACCUUCUGACUCAAAUCACAUCAUGAACAAGAUGUUGGGGGAUUUGACUCAUGGGAAAUGGAGAUGUCUUGUGUUGGAUUUUUUUCCCCCUUUUUUUACAUACUUGCACAACAUGUCUGUUGUGUAAGCACAUCAUAAAAAGAGUAAACAACAAUGAAACGGAAAGACUGAAACCAACAACUGUCGGAUUUAAACCCACAAUGUGACAAGUGCACAGCAUGCACCACAGCCACUGUGAAGCCCCUACAGUGGCAGAUUUUACACUCUGGAAAAGACUAAUUGAAAUUAGUCACUCACUCCAUCCAGGUCCAUAUCUGUAAUACUAUCUGUUAUCAUCGCAAUAGCAAGCCUUACAGUUUUCUUUCCCACAACUAUAUGUGCUCUUUUUCCUCCAAGUGUCCAAUGAAUAAAUCAAAACUUCUAACAUCGUUUACCAUGUUACGUGUCAUAGUGACUUGAGGCAAAUUUAUAAAACUGUUCUUUGAGCACAGAAUUUAUGACACUACAAUCACAGCAAAGUACUUAAUUGUAAAAAAAAACCCAUCUUGUAUGAGGAAAACAUGAAGUUUUAUCCGAGUAACCCAGUCAAGUCCGAUUCCUGGUAUGCGAAAGAUAAAUUGGCAAUCAAAACUGAUUCAGAUUUUGAUGUGAGCAGCUACAGUGACUAUUUUCACAUGAAUAUUUAUGCGUAUCCAUAUUUAGUGCUCAAGAAGUUUUCCAAACUAAAGAUCUAACAUCUUUUUAGUGUUCCCCACAUUGUCAGACCUGUUACUCAAAAGUAAGGAAUUAUCACGCAAGUCACAUUAAUUUCAGAUCACGUUAUCAUUAGGUUCACAUAAAGAAAAUUGUAUGCAGAAGUUAGGUUUCUCUUUCAUUAAUUGUACCCCCCCUUCUUUUGUUUCCGCCUCAAUUGUUCUUGGCCAAUUACCCCACUCUUCCGAGCCGUCCCGGCCACUGCUCCACCCUCUCUGCUGAUCCGGGGAGGGCUGCAGACUACUACGUCUCCUCCGCUACGUGUGGAGUCACCAGCCGCUUCUUUUCACCUGACGGAGGAGUUUCGCCAGGGGGCCGUAGCGCGUGGGAGGAUCGCGCUAUUCCCCCUCCCCCCUGAACAGGCGCGCCAACCGACCGGAGGAGGCGCUUGUGCAGCGACCAGGACACACCCACAUCCCACCUGCAGAUAGGGCCAAUUGUGUCUGUAGGGACGCGCGACCAGAGGUAACACGGGGAUUCGAACCGGAGAUCCCCGUGUUGCUAGGCAACGGAAUAGACCGCGACGCUACCCGGACGCCCCUCUUUAAUUGUGUUUUAAUGGUGAACAUGGGGAAAUCCUAGCUGAUAAAUGGUUAUCCUGUUUCUUAUGCUAAAAUUGGAAAUAUUUAUAUGAAUUUUGGACAAUACAGAAAACUCCUUGCCUUCAUAUGCUAUUUGGUCCCGUUCAUCGUUCCACAUGUGUAGCUAUGAUGGCUAUUUUCCUUUUGCCUUCAUCCCCAUAACUGUCAAUGCUAUGAUCUGUAAGCGGUAACAGGAUUAACCCAAGGAAUGUACGUUUUAACCAACAGCAUGUACAUUAAAGAGGCAUAUUUCGCUUUUAUAUUACA